CGAAAGCAUGAAAUACAUUUCUGCGAUUUAUCUUCUUCGUUGCUCCAUCUAAUUCUUUCCCACACAAGUCAAAGGACUGCUAGCUAUGGAAGUGGCCACCACAGCUUCGCGUUUCGCGCUCCACACGCGCAUGUUAGCACCACCCACCCCUUCCCGAACCUUAACUCCUCUACGUGCUCAGACGACGUCGUCUUCUUCUUCUUCUUCUUCUUCAUCCUCUCUUCGAGCUUCUCUCUCUUCUAAUUUCCUCUCUCCCCUUGCCGGCGGCAGCCUCUCCGCAGAUUUUUCCGGCCAGAAACUUCGCCCCUCAGCUCUCAAUCCGGCUUUGUUUCGUAACUCCACCGCUAAACGAGGCGUGGUCACUAUGGUUAUUCCAUUUUCCAGGGGAAGUGCAUGGGAGCAACCCCCACCCGACUUGGCAUCAUACUUGUACAAAAAUCGGAUUGUGUACUUGGGCAUGUCUCUUGUCCCUUCUGUUACAGAGCUGAUACUAGCAGAGUUUCUGUACCUUCAGUAUGAAGAUGCUGACAAGCCUAUUUAUCUUUACAUAAAUUCUACUGGAACAACCAAGGGUGGUGAAAAGUUGGGUUAUGAGACUGAAGCUUUUGCUAUAUAUGAUGUAAUGGGGUAUGUGAAGCCCCCAAUAUUUACACUAUGUGUUGGUAAUGCGUGGGGAGAAGCAGCCUUACUUUUGGCUGCUGGUGCAAAGGGAAACCGUUCUGCAUUGCCCUCAUCUACAAUUAUGAUGAAACAGCCCAUUGCAAGGUUUCAAGGUCAAGCAACAGAUGUUGAGCUUGCCAGAAAGGAAGUAAAUAAUGUGAAGACGGAGUUGGUUAACCUCUUUGCAAAGCAUAUUGGCAAAUCAUCUGAGCAAAUUGAAGCUGACAUCAGGCGUCCAAAGUAUUUUAGUCCCAGUGAGGCAGUUGAAUAUGGUAUCAUAGACAAGGUAAUCUACAAUGAGAGAAGUACUGAAGAUAAGGGUGUUGUUUCUGAUCUGAAAAGGGCACAGCUUAUAUGAUGAAGAAAGAGUGGAAAUCAUUAAUUUGAGAGGUGAGUAGAUAUGGCUUCAUCCUCAUGGCAUGACCUUUUGCAUACAAGUGUCGAACAGGGAUACGAAGAACUAAUAGAAUUUAUGUAGGGGACCAUAAUACUUUUACUCCAUUUUCUAUAGUGUCUUCCAUUAUUUGCUCUCAAGUGCUGUGACAUUUAUGGAGAGUGAUGCCAUUGUUUAUACCUUUUUAUAGUGAAAGUCACUUUCUUUGAGCUGGAACUCUCUCCCAAAAUCAUCUUAUAAUCAGAGUGAUGGGAUAACUGACGAGUUUAAAGAUCUUAAAUGGUUUUGUUAUCUUAUGCAGGGUUGAUAUAAGUCCUUUUCUUUUUCGUUAGAGCUAGUUGAACUAAACCAUGGAUGAUUUAGAAGUUUAGGUUACAAUAUCAGAACCUUAUUACUGAAAACAAAUCAAAAAACUCACAUACGUUUGCCACAUAGUGUUAAUAUGAUGUAGUUGGUAUGCAAUGGCAUGAUUCAAAGUUUGUUAUUUACUGUUCAGAAUAAUUUUGUCCUAGAUUAAUUAUUCAUUAGCCAUUUUGACCUCUCACUGUCUAUACCCUGUCCACACAAUCUAACUAUUUAUUUUAUUCCAACUUUAUCAGAUUGAAGUUUAUGCAAUGAUUAGCUUGUAGAAUAGCUAUGCAAUAGUUGUUGCCCCAUGCAAGGAAAAAGCUCAAAUUCAUUGAGACCAAUUUGCAGCAAUGGAGGAUGUUCGCAAUACAUGCAAUUUUGGAGCCCAUAAACCACUGGGAAUUGGGGUUCAAAACCUGUAUCAAUGAUUCUUUAACUUCAAUUUCUUUUUUUAUGGCCAGCUUUGUUGGUGUGAAUGAAGUUCAGCUCCUUUGACUUGAUAAUAUAGAUUAAGCAUUAGCUCC